GGAGGAGUUUUGAGAGGGAAGGAGGAAAAGAAACAGAGGAAGUUUCUGGAGAGAACAAAGAGAGCAUUGUGAGUAGCUUGAGAGAGAGGAGUAGGGAGCUUUCACAGAAGAGGCAGGAACAGAGGAGAGAGGUUGCGGCUAGCUGAGAAUCAAACGACUUUUGAUCGAAAGGAUCACUCAGGGUUAGGUUUCCAAAAGCUGAAAACGACGUCGUUUCAAUAGACUGCAUCACGGCCUAUUUGGAGAGUUUGCAGAGGCUUAAAACGGCGCCGUUCAACCGGCUGAGGGGAAGAAGCGAGAGACCGGUACGGCUGUGUGGUGUGGGUGGUGUAGAAUCUUGAAAUCAUAACAGCAGAUCGAAAAUGGCUUGGAGGCAAAUCAUCAGCAACAGAAUGGGAGUUUCAUGGCAAGCUGGGUUGCCUAGAUUCUUCUCCAAAUCCACUCCUUAUAUAGUGAAGGUUGGAAUACCAGAGUUUCUUAAUGGAAUAGGUAAAGGGGUUGAGACCCAUGUGGCUAAGCUUGAAACUGAGAUAGGAGACUUUCAGAAGCUGCUUGUCACCCGCACUCUCAGGCUUAAGAAACUCGGCAUUCCUUGCAAACAUAGGAAGCUGAUCUUGAGACACACCCACAAGUACAGGCUGGGACUAUGGAGGCCUCGGGCAGAGCCCAUCAAAUCUCAAUCUUCUUAAGUAUCAUAGAACUAGUCUUUUGAGGGUCAGCACUCAAGACCUUUUAGUAUCACUUUGGCUGCUGCAAAAUUGAUUGCUGAACAUUUUUACAUGAAACCGUUCUGGAGAUUACUGUUUUGGGUUCUUAUGUUUGUACUCUUCAUGUAUCCUCAUUCUGGGGUCUUAUAAUUUAGAUCCAAGGAUUUGCUACCUAUUUGUCUCAAAUUUACCUUGAACAUAAAGGUUGGUUCACUGGUUCAAUUUCAGUUCUGCAUUCCUGCCA